AUGGCUGACGCUGAAAUCGAAACUAAGCAGCGCAAGUCGGUCGCAUUCAGCGAAGGAUCGGUCAUCAUGGAUACCAAUGGCCAAGUCACAGAUGCCCCUCCGGCUGAGAAACCCACAGGCGAGAAGGAUGUCGACGAGGUCACCGAGAUGUUCAAGGGUCUCUCAAAAAAGAAGAAGUCCUCCAAGAAGUCCAAGUCCGCCGAAGCUGGCGAUGACGACGAAGCCCCCGCCGCCGAUGGCGAAUUCGAUCCCUCCGCGCUGAAGAAGAAGAAGAGCAGCAAGAAGACCAAGAAGGUUGACCCUAACGACUUCGACGCCAAGCUCGCUGAGGCUGGUCUCGCUGAGGAGGCUGGCGAGGAUCAGCCUGAGGAGCUGCCCGAGGGCGACCUCGAGGCCGGCACCGGUAUCUGGGCACACGACGCCACACAACCCAUCCCCUACUCGCUCCUCGUCUCCCGCUUCUUCUCCCUCAUCGAGAGCCACCACCCCGACCUCCUGUCCAGCGGCGCCAAGUCCUACAAGAUCCCCCCCGCCCCAGUGCUUGCGUGA